UUGGAUGCACUUUUGUAAAGGACUUUGCUUCAUUACUAUCUUAAAAAAGUAAAGCGAUUUAUACUAGUAUUUGUUUGUGGAAAUUGAGGUACUUUUUCUUAUUGCUUUUGUCGGUUAUUGUAUGUUAAUUUGUACAUCAAGACAUGAUUAUUUAGUACAUCUCGUGUCCACAGCCUGGAAAGUUUACCAUAAGCUAAAAGCCUGAAGUGAACGAUGUUUUCGAAGUCUGUCUUUGAAAGCGAAGGUGAAGGGAACAACAAUAGCCCCAUGCCUUGAGCAGCCAUUGUAAGGUGUUUACUUCCCAAGAGAGUUGAAGUGCGUCCUGGCGCGAGCAUGGCAUGUGAUGUUAUGGUUGAGUUGGUUAGAGUUUUAUAGUCGGGUUAUUACAAUGUACAGUGUUAGCGAGGAUUAAGGGAUAUCGGCUUUUAAACACUCACUUUUGUCGCUCGAUUAAUAUGCAGAAACAACUUAUGCAAUUACAGCAAUCUUGUAGGUAAUUGCUACAACACGUGCACUGCCGCCAUUUAUUACAAUGUGAUCAUUUGCAAAAACAUUUGUGGAAGUAGUGCCAAGAAGUUUUGCAGGAAUAUGAUCGAAGAAAUAUACUCAGUAGUGGCUGCAGCAACUGCAAAACAGUAUUAAAAUGCAGAAAUUUUGCAGUAAAGUUACAGUGGAUUCCUGUACAAGAAGCAUUCGGCUAAAGCUGUGUAGUAUAGAAAACAACAUGGAUUUAAUGACCUAGAGUUACGGUAGUGUAAAAAAAGCAGCAGUCAUCAAAAGCUAACGCCGAAAUGCCAAAGUGCAGUUGUAGUUAUAACAGACAGCAUUAUGUAAUAAUUGAAAUGAAAUAGGGUUUACUGUUUAAUAGUUGCAUUUAGCAAAAGUAUUAUUGUAUCCCUAGCACCAAUAGCAAGCUUAGGCUAAGGGCCAUUUGAGUACACAGAAGUUCUUAUUCCUCGACUGAGGAACAUUGUAGUUGUAGCUGGAGCAUCACUUCUCCUGAUAAAGUCGGCUGCGUACUGAGUAACUCCAUUUUAGCACCAACUACCGCAGGUGAAAUAUAGAUUUUAAACAGUUGUUUUAGCAAAAUGAAAUAGUCCCUUAUAAGACUCAUGACUAAGGUUUCAUCUUUUUCAAUGAAGCUGUAUUUAUAUGGGUUGACCAAGUGCAACCAUCCAGUGUUCUAUCACCAGUAUGAGGUUUUUUUAGUCAUGUUGUUGUGACUCACUUUCUUGAGGAAGCAUAUGGUUCCCAUCUGCACAUACCAAACAACGAUAUUAAAAGAUGCUAGACAUGGUGGUAGCGAUGUUGUUAAAACAGCACUUGUUAAUUUGAAGCGAGUAACUUCAUUAGCAGCACAACAUUUACAAAUGGGUUGACAAAAGGUUUUACAAGACAAAUGAAUUAUGGGAUGUAGUCAUCAACUUUGAUUAGCACAUCCUUCAUUGAUUACAAUCCUUUAGACAUAAUCUUAAGAUGUGACCAUCUAAUCAAAAUAUCAACCAAAGAUAAAAAUCGUAUUGCCAUCUGGAAAUGACGAGCUUUGGUCAUGCAGUCGGCUAUCUAAGCCUUCGGCACGCAAUUUGUGCGUUUAAGGUCAUAAACAAGAGAUUUCCAGUUGCGACCAACAUUGAUAGGCUUACUAAUUUGACACUGUUAUCAGUAUUUUCCAUAAAGAGUGCAAUAUAGUGGUAAUAAAUACUGUAAUUGACCAACAGCGACUAGACAGAUAGUCAUCUUUAUGGCUUAGAAACAAAGCUCAAAGACCACGGCAUCGGAUCCGACCACUUUGCUUCAUUGAAAUCAUCUCCUUUCCUUUGCUUGUACAGACAUUGAUAAAGACAGAUUGGUCAGUCUGCAAUAGAGACACCAUUAGCCCCAAAGAAAUAUCAGUUUACGCGCUUUGUUUCGCACUGCAUGAUAUUGUUUUGUAAAAGCUCCUCUCACAGGAAGGCUAACGAAGGCCUCGAGCAAGGAAAUUUGCGUUAUCAAAAUGAUAUCUUAAGAUAGGGGACAAAAUACUAUGAAAAGUGAUCUAUUAGAUACAAUGCAAUAUUGAUGAACAGGCAAAGAAGUUAGCACUAAAAUUAAAGUCUUACAAGGUUUAUUAGUUUUCAAAAUGUUUAGCAGUUUUCGAUUUUGUUCCUCCAAUUAUUGUGUUUCAAUACAGAGACUGAUAUGACAGUGAACAUGGUUUGUAAGAUAGGUACGCCCAAGCGCCAUUAUCUUAUUUUGAAAAUGAUUGUCAUUUCCUUGUAUCUAUUUAUAGAAUAAAUGCCUCUGCAGGAUUUUAUUUUCAUUCGUAACUGAAAAAAAUAAGUCACGUGACAGCAUAUUUAAACGAAAAUGACCUGUACCUGAUCUUGUACAUUAUUUUGGGACUUUAUAACAUUUGCCCUGUGCUGUAAGAAUGGGGGACGCAGGCUAAAUUAUUCAAGGUUAAUUCUCGUUAUUCUCAAUAAAUCAAAAACCAGGAAACGUUUCAGUGUUUAAACUCCAUAACACUUUUUAUCCACCAGCAGCUUGUUAGCCUUAAUGAUGAUAGUUUGGGGGAAAGUCUCUUUUAAAGCAAUGAAUUAAACUGUUGGUCAAAUAAGUUACAAAUACGCCAUUAACGGCUCAAGUCAUCCAUCAUUCUAGAAUCUCCGCACUAAAACGUUUUCAUUCAGUGGCGAUGUGUUUUAGUUGUUGAGAAACGGUUAAAACCGACAACUCCAACCGUAGAUAUGUACAGCAGAGAGAUGUUUUUGUGGUAUAAAAACAAUACAGUUGCGACAAAGAAGCAAAACUGAAUUGACUGACCUCGUUUAGACCCGUUUGACUUGUCAAAAGUACUCAGGUACAUUUCUCAGAGACGUGCAGCUUGAGUCGUUUAGCAAACACAUCUGACUUAAUAUUGACAAACAUCUUGUGACCUAAAAUCUUGCCGAAAGUACCAACAAUCUUUUAAGUUAUUGGAACGUCUGCAUUUCUACUCUACAACGAGCCGUAUUUAAAGGUUAUCAGUGUGGCACGAGCCACUCGUGCCUGCCUUGUGGUCCGAAUGUCAAAUCCUUUUGUAUUCUUUGGCGGGAAAAUGUUCGACGCGUGCGCGCACGAACGAUUUGGCGGGAUAGUUCAGGAACAAUUUGCUACAGUCAGAUCAUUAAGGAAAUAGUUUAUUCACUAUAUUACAGUGUGCUAUCCGGAAUAUCCAAAUGGUCAUAUCAGACAUCACAAACAAUUGCCCAGGUAAUUUAUACUCUGUGGUAAAUCGGAUUAUUCUUAUUUGACUUCGACCCUCCAUCUGUCCUGUUGACUUUGCUAAGGUUUGUUUUUCUUACUUCAAAACUUUGGUCACCGUGUAUUAAUCUUAGAUAAGGUAUUUAUAUCUUAAGACCCUACUUGUGUUUUAUUUCGUACUCCGAAAGCCGAUAUUCAUCAUCAAACUCCUGCAAUCUACCACUAUUUAGAUAUGUACUUUGUUGAUAGCAUCUAGUGGCAUCUGAUUGAGGGUUUUAUCUUUGUCGCCCUUUACUUAAAGGAUUUUAAUUUGACGGAUAUGGUUGAAGUUAAACAAAUAGAAGGUCUCCAAAUACACUAGGUUCUUGAAAACUUUAAUAACAAUGCAAACUGUAACAAUUGGUGCUUUCAAUAGAUGAUUAAUAAGGGCCGAUAAUGGUUGGUAAUUCUAUCCCGAUUAAUGCUAAACACCUUGUCUAUUACGCUGCUAUAUGUCAGUAAUUAUUCAAGUUAGACUAGUGAAUAGAUCACUUUUGAUUACAACUGCCGAGGAACUAGAAGAAAAAGACAUAACUGUGCACACAAACUGCGCGCUACAAAAGACGGACAGAAACUCAUGCAUAGGAAUGCGAUGACGUCGCUCUCUGAACGGAUUUGACACAUUUGUCAAAGAAAACACCUUUGAAAGGUGUGUUUGGCUGACUCCUCCUUUAUGGGCAGUAAGGAUUGGCCGUAAUCUUAGACCACAUUUGGAGAGUGAAAUUUGUCUAGACAUCUGCUGUGAAGUCGAGUUGUUUUUGCAGUUUUCCAACUUAUUGUGAGGCCCAUGUGUUCAUAAAUGUACAAGAUAUCUUGGUGAGAGCGUGAAGUGUUACAAGGAGAUCUUUAAAGAAAAACCCAGAGAGGUAGCUGGAGAACAUAACAAGUAAGCUCGUCGUAGGCCCAUGGUGCAUACAGGACCAAGACUGUCUACGGUCAUACCUUCUCUCCGUUAUUUACUACUAGUUGCCAACUUAUGUUUCCCUUAUGUCGUCGGAGUAGGGGUUUUUGAAGUCAAGCUCGGAGAGAUGCACAAUCCCGGUCGACGGGACGUGAAUGGUGGAUGUUGUAGGGGUAAUCAAUCGAAUUUCGGCAAAUGCACCAGCCCGUGCGAUACACGAAUUGUAACAUGCCUACGUCAAUAUAGCCCCGCCCAUCCCUCUGACUGCACCUACGGUUUUAAUGUAUCGGGAUUGCUUGGAAGAAACUCGUUCGUCAUUGGUAAACUUGUACAAUUUCCCAUCUCAUCCAACUGGCCAGGCUCGUUUUCUCUUAAAGUCACUGCAAGCGUUCCAGGCACAAAGAAAACCAUAAUCGAGGCACUAGUGAAACGAUCAACAUUUGUAGCCAAUCCACAAUGGAACAACUAUACAUACACAAUUCCAUCAAGCGGAGGAUUAAAGAUAAGCCUGAGUUUCACCUAUCGCUUUAUAUGUUCGAAAGAUAAUUAUGGUGAUGAUUGCUCCAAGUCUUGUACACCACGCGACGAUAAGUUCGGUCACUACAAAUGCGAUUCCGAUGGAAAUAGAGUGUGCUURGAUGGUUGGGGAACUGGACCGUCCGACACCUUCUGCGAAAAUCCAAUUUGUAAUCCCGCCUGUCAAAAUUCCGGGACUUGUAAGGGUCCCAACAAGUGCAGUUGUUCAAUGGGUUGGCAAGGUGCAACGUGUGAGCAGUGCGAAGUGUACCCUGGGUGUGCACACGGGACAUGUCAGGAUAAAUGGGAAUGUAAUUGCAAUUCAGGGUGGGGAGGACCUCUUUGUGAUUUAGAACUUGAUUACUGUGGACGAAAUAAGCCAUGUAAACAUGGUGACUGCAGGAAUACACGACCGGGGAGGUAUAAAUGCAUAUGUAAUAAAGGCUAUGGAGGAUUAAACUGUGAAUCAGAAAUUAAUGAAUGUGCAAGUAAUCCAUGUCAGAAUGGCGGAAACUGUACUGACAAAUUUGCAGGGUACAACUGUUCUUGUGCCGCGGGGUUUCAUGGGAAACAAUGUGAAAUAAAUAUUGACGAUUGCAAAGCCAACGCAUGCGCAAAUGGAGGCACGUGCAUAGAUGGCGUCAACGACUACUCGUGUCAGUGUGUCGUUGGUUUUACGGGAAAAACGUGUGAUGUAAAAAUACCACCAACUGAAGCUCCUACUAAAUCAACUACACCGUAUAAUGGUACUUAUAUAACUACGACAAGCAAUGGCAACACCACAGUAAUUGUUGGACAAAGAAAGGAUGAUUCRUCGACAUGGAGUAAWGUGGUGGUCAAUAUCGUUCUACCUGUUGUGAUCUGCGUCAUUGUUUUCGUGUGUAUAAUAGUUGGAAUUAUCAUUUGGAGGUGCUAUAGAAAGCGUYACUGCUGUUGUGCUGGCAGUUCAACAUCAAGUCGGGAUCCUGAAGAACCGAACACUCGAACUGAAGUUAAACGCGUCAACCCUGAUGAUGGGAARGACGUGCACGAUCUAAAGCGGUGCCGUGCGAGCACCUCGAAUGUUAAAAACACUACUCCUGAUAUUAUAAUAAACUUUGUGCCYUCACGGCCGAGUMACAAGAAUAUUAACAGCGAGAAAGCAAGUCGGAGCAGGAAAGGAAAAGAAUUGGACUCAUCGCCGUUAGAAAGUACAAGGCAAUCUUUGGAGUUAACGGACAUUAUCCCUGAGCACGAUUUGGGCGAACUAUACCUGCCUAAUCGAUGCUUCGAUAAAGGCUACUGGCAAGAAGUAGAAGUGGAAAUUUAAAUUGUUUUUGUAAGGUUUGCAAAGCCUUCUAACCGCUCUCAGGAGACAGUCACGUGAUCUACGUCAAAACUGGACGCCAGAAGCUGAACAUGAAUGGCAUGAUGGUCGGAAUUCAACGUCACGACCAAUGUGACGACCAGUGUAGGUCGAAAAUUUUGCCUGUUUCCGUGGAGACGUCACAAACACAUGAAGGCCGCGUGAGAGGACGAUUGACACCUGUCAAUCACGCCUGUAGGUAAACUCGUGGAUGUCAUGAACCAUGAUCCGAUAUAUAAAUGGUGGCUAAGCAUACUCUAGCCUACGCUAAACUAUGCGAUACUUUGCGGACGUACGUUUAAAUACAUGUAUUAUAUGGUCCAAGUUUAUGUUGGUGACGUCACCUGCCUUCCAUCGACGUCAUGAUAGUACCCAACUAGAGGAAGGAAUAAGUUGUACAAAGCAAGAUAUAUAUAUUAUACUCGUUCUUCACGGCGUAACUGGCAGUUAACUCGUGGAAAGUACGUUGUAGGGGUAACUACUUUGGCAUCGAAUGAUGGAAAGUAGACUCGUGAUUAUUGUUAUUUGCAUGCUUCGGUGGGGAUUUUUAAGUUAGCAAUAACAUUUGUAUAAAUUUGAUGUAGAUAAAGUGCAUAUCGCUAAAAACGCGGAAUUUCUGAUAUAUAUGAAGAAACUUACUGCUCUUAAAGGUAGCUCUCACUAAUUGCAGUUAUUUUAUAUUUAUUGUAUAAAUUAAAUUUUAAAGCUGUUAUAUUUAACUUUUCACAAGAAGGGUUUUUAUUUGAUUAUGUGCAACAGCCGAUAUUACAUUUUUUACAAUUUGGACAAUUCAAUUUCAAAGGAAAAUMUAACUCUAGCUGUGAAUUAAGAUUCUAUUCUUAUAUGUCAACACAUCGUUCAUUCAGAAUUCAGUUUUUUUUUCAGUGAUAUGCACUUUAAUUGACAUCCCCAAAUAUCUWAAUGCUGGGUGUCGGUAAAACUUGUAAUAUAUAAUACUGUGUGCGAUACGUAACUCAAAUCAGCCAAUAACAUACUGUUUUCUUGCCGCGCGCGAACAAGUGAUCAGGCUCAAGUAGCUUUUGACGUGAUUUCCCAUUUGUAGCAAGUACGCACAACUUUACAACAGUUUACAAGUUUUUUUAAUUUAAUUAAGUGCCCAGAGAGCGUAAUAUUUUCCGUCUGCAGCGAAGAUAUAAAUGGAGUAUAUUACAUUUCAAAGUUGAAGACCAGAGUUUCUAGGGUGGUGUAAAGUUUAAGGGUGCGCAUACGUGAAAUGAUUGUUUUUAUUCAUUYUAUUUCACUUUGCUUGGAAUAUAUAAUUUUAUUACUACAUUGAAAUCAAACCAUAUUCAACGAAUGUACUGUUCUAAAACCUAGAAACUCUGGUCUCCUUUGUAAUUGUAAAUAGCUAUUACAAAAAAGGUUGUCGGAUGAAAUGGCGAAUGUCAAUGGUCGAACGGCGAUUGCACGACCGAAAGUAGCCAGGGUUUUGCCUGUUGAAAGGCAAUAAAAAAUUGAUUUGUAUUGUAUGAUGGUCUGUCGUAAACAUUGGCUCCAUUUAGCCUCCAUGUCUAUACAAGGUAAAUCCAAUAAGUGAAAUUUUGAGAAAUUUUAAGUGUAACCAUAGUCCCUUUCGGCCGUGCAAUCUCCCUUCGAUAAUCGUCGUUCGCCGUUCUCCCCGGCAACGUUUUUUGAAAUAGCUGUAUACGGUCCUAAGUAGACUCUUCCCUGCAGUCUUAAAGUAGGCGGGAUCAGGGUAAAGACAUCAAUCAAAGAAGGUCAGCAUGAUAACAUUCAUUAAUACUUCGUAAAUACUACUACUUCGUAUCAGAAGUACAAGUAUAGACCUAUGGUCAUUUACUAUCAUUACCGGGGGUGGGGUGGGGAGUGCAUUACAAGCAUUGCAAAGAUUUGCUGAUAUAUUCCUGUGGCUGCGAGGACUGRGUCCGAGGUAUGUGAUGCAGUUAUGGAUAAAAGCAAUCCCAGAAUUUACUUGGGGCAUAAAUCGACCCAGUUUCUCUCGCAAUAGCAAUUGUUUAUACGCACAACUAGCUUUUUGCUGAUCUCUGCAAGACAUUUGCAUGCUAUUUGCUAUCAUUCCUUAUAUUAAUAGAUUUGAAAGUCAUUUCUUUUACUUAUCCGCUAGCCUAAUCGGCUUCUUUUAUUCUUAARCCAAAACGAAAUUACACGAUGAAAGGGRAGAUGAAACGCUYYUCURUUCGUUCAUUUCCUAGCYAUUCACGCAUGCGCACUUGCAACCUGCUUUGAUUACACAACGACACCCUGACCCCCACUUCACAUUAGAAUGUAUAAAUAUAUAUAUUUUUGUAAAAUUUUCUACCGUAUGGUUUUGUAGAAACUGUCAAUUAAUGAUAAUAAUAACGUCGUGGUUACAAAGAGAAUCUAAUAUAUACAUAUACAAUUAUCAUAUAGAACGAAUCGCGAGUUAAAUAAACUACUUGCACACCAAUCA